AUGGACUCCAAUCUCGUUAUUCUCUCGUUGGAGCAUUCCUACUUGGUAAACCCGCUGGCUGGGUUAUUCGAGUCCGACUUUGGCCUCUGGCAGAGCCUGGCUGCUUACACUCCCACGUUGAUUCCAUGUCCCUCUCCCAAUGUCAGAAUCAUGGACAACAUGGCGCCUUUGAGGAAUACAGUAAGGAAACUCAACCAUAACGGAAUGGACGACGUGAACCACGUCAAGUUGGUCGAGCCACAGCUUUCCAAUCAGCUCAUCACCAUUCUGAUAAACGGGCUGGAAACAUUCAUAAAUAUCUCAAGGAUCGAGCUAUUGCGCACUUACUUCAGGGUGGACGUUAAAAAGAUUGCCCUUUCUGAUGCUGAUUUUGCUCAGAUAGGGCCGGAAUUCGUGCUGAGAAUCGAAGCGAUAGCUACAAAAUGCCAGGUGGAGAUCAUGAUCAGCGACAAACAUAUCGACUUUAAGAACUUGCAGGCUUCGGCGGUCCCACUCACCGAUUCGCCCUUCGCCUUGUACAUAGCAGGGCCAACGGAGAAUCUUAGGGUGGCAGAAACAGAGUGCCGAAUUUUGGUUGACGCCUCGUUGCAUGGGUUUAAAGUGCACAGAAUCGGGGUGCCCUUAUCUUUACUUCCCGGUUUGGGAGGAGUCAACUUCGCCAACUUUGGCGAGGUUGCUCGCCAGCUGAAUGUGAACAUAUACUUGCCAGCUUUGAUGCCUUUUAACUUCAACUGCAAGGUGGCAAAGACAAACGAGGACUCCUAUAUAUGGAUUACGUCUAGAAGGAUUCCCGAAAUUCUUUUGGCAAAACGCAUUAUUCUGGACUUGAUCGCAACGGUAGACUCGAGAGUGAACUCCAAAGCAAAUUUGUAUUUGCAGGAGAUCGAGCUUUCCAAGGACAAGCUUGACAUCAUCACUUUAUACUCGGAGAGAGACAUCCUGUCGCUCAUGCUUCAGCAUGGCACCUUCAUUCUGAUACCAAGCCUUGGAGAAGCUAGGAACAACAGGGUUGUUGUCCAGGGUCACAGCGUGGAGGAAGUCAAAAAGACCAUUCAAGAGAUCAGCAACCUCAGUUGCAACUACUACAGCUUGGAUAUCAAGUUUCCUUCAAACUUUAGAUCUGUCGAUUUUGAGUACUAUUUGAUCAAGCUCAUUAACGUCCGCAAGACAUGCAUUCUCACGUACAAUUGCAACGGAAUGAGCAUUGUUGGCUUCAAGAGUGAGGUUCGUCUGCUUCUCAAAGAUCUCAUUGCAGGAUUUCAAGCCAGCUGUUUAUUUACGGAAGAAAGCAAUACAGACGAGUCUUCGAAGUUCCGCUUCUCAGUAAGCAUGGAGCUCCGCAAUGAGCACAGAGAAUUUCUUAGUGGUAAAAAAAACGGCAAAGUCAUCAAGAUUUUGAACCAGCUCAACCACAUGCCCCAAAUCAGAUUCAAGCCUCAUAACGAGUACAACUUCACCAUUUGCUCAUCUAUUGCAGUUGCAGCGGGAGUCAAGAACAGACAGCUUUCUUCCGUGUUUGAUAUUUUACUGAAAAGCGUUUCGCUCAUUGAAAUGGAGUUGCCAGCGGAAAUGGAGUUCAACAUUCCUGAGGUUUUCCAUAAAAGCAUCAUCGGGAACGGAGGCUCCAUUAUUCAGUCGAUCAUGAAAAAAUACAAUGUAUUCAUUAAGUUCUCGAGCCUGAGGAAAAAUCCUGACAAAAAUAACGACGACAGAAUAUUGUAUUCCUUCAGAAGAGACAACAAUGUGUUGAUCAAGUGCCCAAUGAAGAACCUGAAGAAUAUCGUGUAUGUGAAAUACGAAAUCGACCAAUUGGUGGCCCAAUGCUGUCUGAACACAUUGGCCCAGCUGCGUGGGAUGUCCGCCAUCUAUAACAGCGUCGGAUUCAGGCUUUUGAAGAGUCACUACAGAAUGCUUAUUCGGAGACAGGGCCAGAAUCUCCGGUUUGUCAACGACUUGGAGUCAGACUUCAGCACCUACAUCGACUUCCCAGCUUCUCUAGACUCGUUCAAAGGCGAGAAUUACCAUUUGUUGGCGAUCAAGGGCAACGACAGCAGGCCUCACCAGUGUGCGAUGAAGUUGGCAUCGAUGCUUCCACAAACGUGGGAGUUCCAAGUGACAUUUACUCUUGGGAAGUUCGAGAGCACCUUCAACGAGAAAAACGAGGAUAUCAGGGAGAAAAUCAUCAUCCCAUUCAGACUUCUUUUGGAUGUAGAGCUUUCAUGGAACGCCAACCCCAUCGAUCCAGAAACAAAGGAACCACUCCCAUACCACCAAAUCUUCUUGAGCUCGUUUGACGUGGCCAAAGCCCAAAAGGCCAUUGCUGACUUGACAAUCUUCCUCAGAGACCAGCGCUUCCUCAUCUUGGACAAGCAGGAAUUGCACUUCGAUCCCAUCCUCCCUUCGGUGAUGCUCCCACCAACACCAAUGGCAUCUCCCGCCCACUCCCCCGUUCGGUCUCCCGUGAGAUCGCCCACGAGAUCUCCCGAGCGCUAUGUAGACGUUGCCAUGGACUACGCACGGUCUCCCACGAGAUCGCCAGUGCGGUCGCCUGCUAGAUCGCCCGUACGAAGUUACACGAGCGAAUUCAGCGGGUCCCCCAGAGGAUCCCCCAAAAGAACGCCAACGAGGCCUCCACAAAUGCAACCGUUGCGGGCCAUCACCAACCAGCCCAACAACGUCAGCGCCAUGAAAAAGAUACCCAGUCUUGCGGCCCCGCUAGCCCCAGACAUGCGCAAUUCCCAGUCCAAUUGCUGGUAA